GCUAAACGCUGUGUUGAUUAUUGAAAAUUUAGCUUAUUUAUCAUAAUUUGUUAAAAUACUCAAUGUAUUUUGAUAAAUAAAUAAUAUUCCAACAUUUUUUCAAAUGUGGUAAAGUGAGAACGAGAUUAAAAUGAGUAAUAUUUACAUUCAAGAACCGCCCGCGCUUGGAAAGGUGCUAUUAAAAACAUCAGCGGGUGAAAUUGACAUAGAGUUAUGGACAAAAGAGGCCCCCAAAGCGAGCCGCAAUUUCAUACAACUAUGUAUGGAAGGAUACUAUAAUGGUACAAUAUUCCACCGGGUGGUGCCAGGGUUUAUAGCACAAGGCGGGGAUCCAAAUGGAGACGGUACGGGCGGAGAAUCCAUCUACGGAGCACCAUUCAAAGAUGAGUUCCACACUCGUCUCCGGUUUAACCGUAGAGGUCUCGUGGCCAUGGCCAACGCUGGGAAGGACGACAAUGGCUCUCAGUUCUUCAUUACUCUCGGGGCCACUCCGGAGCUGCAAAACAAGCACACCAUCUUUGGGAAGGUCACCGGUGAAACCAUCUACAACGUGUUGAAACUAACGGAAGGCCUCAUCGGUCCUGACGACCGGCCGGAACAUCCACACAAAAUAACCGGAGCUACAGUCAUUAUUAAUCCGUUCGACGAUAUUCAACCGAGGGUCGCGGCCACUAAACCUGUAGAGGUUACUAAGAAGAAGAAAGAACGGGCGGCGGCUGUUAAAAACUUCGGUCUACUAUCAUUCGGCGAAGAAGCAGAAGAAGACGAGGGGGAAGCCAUGGAGUACAGAGGGAAGCCCAAGUCCACCCACGACCUUCUAGAAGAUCCUAAACUCAGCAAGAUGACUGCCGCUGAAUUAGAACUAGAAGAACGAAAUCAAAGCGAAAAACCUCCAACUCAAGAGGAACUAAACGAAAAAGAAGAGGAAACAGCAGCCGCAGUCUCGAGUAUAAGACAUAAACUUAAGAGGAAAAGUCCAGAGAGAAAGAGUGAAAGCCCAGAAGGAAAAAGAAGGAAGAGUCAGAGUGAUGAAGAAGAGUAUUAUAUUGGGAUGGACAGAGAUAAGGAGAGGAGGAAGGAAAGAGACAGAAUAAGAAACGAAAUAAAGCAACUCAAAAAAGAGAUGAACGCGCCCAAAGAAGACAAACAGGAGGAAAAAGAAGUAGAGAAAGAAGAUAAAAAGAAAAUUAAAGAAGACAACGAGAUGUACAAGGAUUAUGUGGAAGAACAGGAGAAAUAUAAGAAGAUGAAGGAGAAAUUACCGAAGAAAGGGGCUGCCAGAAGCCGUCGUACAAAAGUAUCAAGAAAACCGUUCAAAAAAAAACCGUGGGUGAAGAAUUUAUACGAAAAUCGAGAUUAUCCUGACAACUAUACGGAUUCCAAAUUUCUUGAAGAACUAAGGAAAAAUGUACAUGUAGAAAAAGUGACUAUAAAGGAAGCUAUAGAAGGUUCUUUUAGAGUUGUAUUAAGACUGUCUAUAUGCGUGCUUUACUCCGUUUUAUUUACCUAUAUGUAUAACAACUGGACGCAUACAUACACAGUUAUAUAUUUAGCUAUAACUUUUACUAUAUGUAGUUAUAUCUUAUAUCUAUUCAUUGAAGGUAGCGAGUUACUUAGUAAUCUUAAAACUGUCUUAGUAUACUUAGUUAUAGGAUAUUUAGUGUCACCUAUAUUACAUACUUUGACAGAUACUGUCAGUACAGACACAAUAUACGCUUGGGCUGUAAUCAUGAUGCUAGUUCAUAUGAUAUUUUUUGACUACGAAGUACCUAUAGCACUAGUGUCAAAGUCUCUAUCUAUAAAUGCCGCCAUUUUUGGUUCUGUAUGUUUAGCUUCAAGACUAUCGACGCCGUUUGACGCGUUCGUUCUUUUGACAGUAUCUGUCAUUUUCUUCGUUUUAAGUCCGCAACUUUUUAAAGUGUUACUUAGAACUAAAUUGUUCUUACCUUUAUGUGUUUUCACAGUGUUUUUAACUGUUUUUAGUUUGUAUUUAGUUUCAGUGACUCUGUUGUAUUAUUAUGUGAUAUUGUUAUGUAUUUUGACAGUGUAUUGUCCUGUGAUGUUUGUUAAAUGGCAGAAGCAUAAGGAUAAUAUUUAUGGUCCCUGGGAUGAGGCUGUCAUUAAUGAUUCUGAUGAUUUAGAUGAGUGUUUGAAUGAGUUUCGAUAAAAAUAAUAUUUAUUUAUAGUCUAAAAGUGUAUGAAAAAAAAAGUGUGUCUUUCUUCCCUUGGGUGUCGUAGAAGGCGAC